AUGGAUGUUUUAGGAGAAAAUGAAGCACUGCAACAGUUUUUUAAAGGUCAGGAUGUAACUGGAGCACUGGAGAAUCCUUUUGUUGACACCAGUAUGCUGGAAGCAUAUAUUAGUAAUGACUUGGAUUCAGGAGCCAUUACUUUACCAGAUUCCCCACCGGAUUCUGUAUCUGAGCGCUGUUCACCUCCACAGAUGACAGAUUCUAGAGAACAUAGCACUGAUGUCUGUAGUUAUGAUAAUGACAGUCAAAAUGGAGUUUGCAUGGACUGGAGCUAUCCAGGUUUGAAAUGGCACCAUUUUCAACCCAAUCAUUGGGCAACUUUGUUUGACAGCAAUUACAGUGAAUUACCUGCUCCAGGCUAUAGAGUAGAUGCGGACAAAGGAUUUAAUUUUUCUACAGUAGAUGAUUCAUUUGUUUGCCAAAAGAAGAACCAUUUUCAGGUCACAGUUCGUGUCAGUUUGAUUGGAUGUCCAAAAUAUGUUAAAACGCCUCUGGGCCUUAAACCAGUUGAAACAUUCUUCUUGAAGGUAUUUGGAUUAAAGGUUGAGACCACAAAUCAGAUGAUCACCAUUGAACAAUCUCAAUCAGACCGGAGUAAGAAACCUUUUGAUCCAGUCAGGAUUGAUUUGCCAGGGAACCAAACUACAAAAGUAACUUUAGGAAGAUUGCAUUUUGGUGAAACAACAGCAAACAACAUGAGGAAGAAGGGUAAACCUAAUCCUGAUCAAAGAUACUUUAUGCUUGUAGUUGGUUUAUAUGCUACCUGCCAAAACCAGAAUUAUUUAUUGGCGGCUCAUGCAUCUGAAAGAAUAAUUGUGCGGGCUUCAAAUCCUAGUCAAUUUGAAAAUGAACUUGCAGGGACAUGGCAACAAGGGAACGCUCCUAAUGCAAUUAUCUGUCAUGGUCAAGUGGGAAUCAACACAGAUACUCCAGAUGAGGCAUUGGUUGUGUGUGGCAAUGUAAAGGUAAUGGGAUCAGUCAUGCAUCCAUCUGACAGACGAGCUAAACAGAACAUUCAUGAGGUUGAUACAACGGAACAACUGAAACGGAUAACACAAAUGAGGCUAGUUGAGUAUGAUUACAGGCCUGACUUUGCAACAAAAAUGGGAGUAGACCACCCUCGUGAGACUGGUAUAAUAGCACAGGAAGUGAAGGAAAUCCUGCCAUCAGCUGUAAGAGAGGUCGGGGAUAUCACCUAUACCAAUGGUGAUAAGAUCGAGAAUUUCCUUAUGGUUGACAAAGAACAGAUUUUCAUGGAGAAUGUCGGAGCAGUGAAAGAGUUAUGCAAGUUGACUGACAAUUUUGAAAAAAGAAUUCAAGAAUUAGAAAUCUGGAACAAAAAUCUUGCCAAGCUGAAGUUGAUUGGGAGUGUGAAAUCAAAGACGAGUGAGAAAAAUAGCAGCAUAUUUCGCCGGGCAAGCAACAUGACAACACCAAAGAAACCUGUUAUGGCCAAACACAGGGCCUACCUUAACCAGCAUAAAGGUGACUGCUCUCUUCAGAAGGUUUUCCAUAUUGUCAUCAUGGCUCUAAUGGGUCUCAUGGCCUUUUGUGUCAUUUUGAUAUCCGCACUUUACGUACUAACGUUGAAUGAAGAACGAAGUGCUGUUAACAAGCUGAAUGAAAGCUUUAUUUCAGAGUCAUUUACCACAAACAAGCAAUCUACCUUUAUAACAUAUACAGCAUUGCCAGGGUUUGAUACAUCUAUUAGAUCAAUAAGAGUUAUGGAAAGUCAGCAACAAAUUGACCAACGUUACUGUGUUAAAGGAAUUCAUUGUGGGAAUGGCAGCUAUAGCUACGUAAUUCCAAUCAACAAGUAUACCCCUGUUAAUAUGAGAAUUACUUUGGAAAUGAACACAACAGCACCCGUGAUUGUUUAUAAAUGUAAAGUGAACCUUGGUGAGACAUGUGUAACACCUGCACACAAAAUAACUAAAAGGGAUGCAUCACAGGAAAUGUCUCAGGGGUAUCAACAUUUCUGGUUCUUGCCAGUAGCACAUCUUCAUGAGUGUACAUACCACUUCCGUGUUGCAGCACCAGGCCUGGCAGACUGCAGAACCAAUCCGAACUUUGCUCGAAUAUUCUUCACAGAUUACCACUUGUACUUCUAUCGACAAUGCAGCUAA